GAGGGGGAGGAGGCAGCAGACGGGAUAACACUGAGGUUCCUGCCAUUACCGAGCAGUGUACAGAGGAGACAUGAAGCCGUGUGAGGCAGCCUGCAACAAGCAGCACGGAGCGGCCGGAGACACCGGGGACCCCUGGAAGCCGUGCAUGGACACCGCUGUGCAGCUGGCGCUCCAGGCCGGCCAGGUGGUCAGGAAAGCUCUAACAGAAGAAAAAAGGGUGUCCACUAAAACCUCAGUGGUCGAUCUUGUGACCGAAACCGACCAUUUUGUGGAAGAGCUGAUCAUUUCUGCCCUGAGAGAAAAGUUUCCUUCGCACAGAUUUAUUGGUGAAGAAUCUACCUCAGCAGGUUCCAAAUGUGUUCUGACGGACAGCCCAACCUGGAUUAUUGACCCCAUCGAUGGAACCUGCAACUUUGUACACAGGUUUCCUCUGGUGGCUGUCAGCAUUGGAUUUGCUGUCAAUCGAGAGCUUGAAUUUGGUGUAAUAUACCAUUGCAUUGAUGAAAAAAUGUACACUGCAAGAAAAGGGCGAGGAGCAUUUUGCAAUCAAGAAAGGCUUCAUGUAACAAAAGAAACAGGUAUCAAGAACUCUCUCGUUUUAACUGAAAUUGGUCCUAAACGUGAUCCAGCGACUUUAAAAUUGUUCUUGGGCAAUAUGGAGAGAUUACUAACCUUUCAAGCCCAUGGUAUUCGAGUGAUUGGCAGUGCCACAUUAGCCUUGUGCCACAUGGCAUCAGGGGCUGCUGAUGCCUUUUACCAAUUUGGACUGCACUGCUGGGAUUUGGCAGCAGCCACUGUGAUAAUUCGGGAAGCUGGAGGCUUUGUGAUAGAUACAUCAGGUGGACCUCUGGACCUCAUGUCAUGUCGUGUGGUUGCGGCCGGUACAAUGGAGUUGGCACAGAGUAUAGCUCAGGAGUUGCAGACUAUUGAUUAUGGAAGAGAUGACUGAAACCUCUUAUGUUGGCGUAUCUAGGACUGGGCAUACACACAAGCUUACCUUGGCAUAUAAGUGUACAGGCAGACUCGCCAAAAUACUACUGUUUAAAUGAAUUGUGUGUAUUUUGUGUUUUUCCAAAAUGAGUAGAGCAUUGUAAGUUUUAAUAUUCCACUUGUGUGUGUUACUAAUAUUUUUAGUCACUUUGAUUUGUUAACUAGGAGUUUUUCUUUUUAAACUGUGCUGGUAAAUUGCCAGAAUAUAAACCGGUAUUUUACACUUGUCCUAUCAUUUUAAUCCCAGAUGUUAUGUGAAUUAUACAACUAAGAUUAAACUUUAUUUU